AUGGUUGUCUGUGUGUCUGUCUGGGGCCAGUUUCAUCAAAAACUUAAGUUCUUUGAUGAAACUGGCCCUAUGACAAACUCAUCAGCUGAUGCUAAAUUUGGAGAAGCUCUUCCAUUGUAUGAAAAAUUAAAAAAUGAAUGGAAUCGAAAACCGCCAAAUUUAGAAAAAUGUGAUGAAUUACUACGAGCCUUGAAGAAUGUAUUUGCUGAGGGUGGUUUUUACCCUUCUGAUAUUAAUGAAGACUCACGAGGUUUACAUAUUGCACGUGAUACAUUAGAAAUUGGUGCACAGUGUGCUAUAACAAUGGGCGAUAUUCCUGCAUUUGAACGUUCAUUAGCACAAUUAAAACCAUUUUAUUUUGAUCUUGAAAAUCGUUUACCCGAAUCACCGUAUCGUUAUCAAUUACUUGGUUUGAAUCUUUUGUGUUUAUUAUCUCAAAAUCGCCUAGCCGAAUUUCAUACAGAACUUGAAUUAUUACCACCAAAAGAUAUACAAAACAAUCUUUAUUUGAAACAUCCAGUAUCAUUGGAACAAUAUUUAAUGGAAGGGAGUUAUAACAAGAUAUUCUUAGCCAAAGGUAAUGUUCCAUCGCCAUUAUUUACUUUUUUUAUGGACAUUUUGCUACAUACAAUACGAGAUGAAAUCGCUUAUUGUAUGGAAAAGUCUUAUACACGAAUCCCAUUUGAUGAAGCUGGAAGAAUUUUAUAUUUAACCAAAGCAGAUGAAUUAAAUCAAAUUGCACAAAAACACGGUUGGCAAUUACAAAGUAAUAAUUCGUAUCAUUUUGGUGAAAGUCAAUCUAAAUUUGAUAAUGAGCAUGUUCCAGCCGAUGAUAUAGCCACACAAAUGAUACAAUAUGCAAGAGAAAUGGAAAUUAUUAUUUAA